AUGUCUUGGUGUUUGAUAGAAAGUGACCCCGGAGUAUUUUGGGAUGUUGUAACCACUUUAGGAUGUUUUAGCGUGGACUUCCAAGAGCUUUGGUCGUUGGAUGAGGAGUCGUUGAAAGGGGAAGAAUGUUAUGGGCUGAUAUUCCUGUAUAAGUAUGACCGAGAACUAUACCAAGAUGAGGCAGGUUCUGUGGCCAUGGUUGAAGCGCCUCCUAGUAGUUUGUUCUUUUGCCAUCAGAUGAUUGAGAAUUGUUGUGCGACUCUGGCUGUGCUUUCAGUCGUUCUUAAUUUGGACCGUGUUAUUGACAUAGGAGAGACUCUUACCUCGUACCGAGGCUUCUGUGAGGGACUGGACCCUGAGAGUCGAGGAAUAGCCCUUGCUAAUCACGACGGUAUCCGAGCAGCCCACAAUGUAUUCGGCCAAAAGAGCCACCUUAUUCAAGAAGACACAAAAGGUGAAGACCCUAAAGGAGACCCCUUCCACUUUGUGGCCCUAGUACCUCAUCGACAGUCACAAACCACCUGGCUCCUCGACGGUCUUCGGCAACAGCCCCUGAAUCUUGGUCGCUGGGCGACCGCUGACGGUGAUUCGACCAAGGCUACCAAAGACCCUGAUGGUGGACAGAUGACUGCCUGGCUCCGUCCAGCAAUCAAGAAAAUCCACGAGAUCAUAGGGGCAUUGAAUCAAAGCGGCAGUGAGAUAAAAUUCAACUUAAUAGCCGUCACGCCUAACAAAAAGAUUGCCCUGGAAGAACAACUCGGCACGCUUCGCCAGCACCUUCAACAAGCCCUGGCCGCGCAACCGCCGGUCCCGGAACAAAUUCAAUCAACACUGAACCAAAUCAACAGCGUAAAGCACGCAGUAAACAAAAUCAAUGAACGACAUCAAGACUGGGUAUACGAUAAUGAAAUCCGUAAGCUGGCCAUGACGCCGUUGUAUCUGUGUGCUUUGAAGCACUUGGGUCGUCGAGGCCUUUUGCGCAAGACGUACGACGCCGCUGCCCUGCGUUAG